GGCGGCGGCGCGCGCAAAGUGGUGGCGUCUGUGGUGAAGUGAUUGGUAGUGGUGGAGCGUGGCGGUGGCGGCCCCUUAGCACUGAACAGCCAUGGACCUCGCGGCGGCAGCGGAGCCGGGCGCCGGCAGCCAGCACCUGGAAGUCCGCGAUGAGGUGGCGGAGAAAUGCCAGAAACUGUUCCUGGAUUUCUUGGAGGAGUUCCAGAACAGUGAUGGAGAAAUUAAGUACUUGCAAUUAGCAGAGGAGCUCAUUCGUCCUGAGAGAAACACAUUGGUUGUGAGUUUUGUGGACCUGGAGCAAUUUAAUCAACAACUUUCUACCACCAUUCAAGAGGAGUUCUAUAGAGUUUACCCUUACCUAUGUCGGGCCUUGAAAACCUUUGUCAAAGACCGAAAAGAGAUUCCUCUUGCCAAGGAUUUUUAUGUUGCAUUCCAAGACCUACCUACCAGACACAAGUAAGAGACUCUUCUUUGAAAGGAAAGGAAUUCACCAAACAGUAUACACAUCACUUAAUGGUUAGAAAAGUAGGGAGGUGGUAGUCUUCUAUAUGUAAAGAGUUAGGUUCAGUUAUCUAUAAAGUUUGGUUUUGGAGAAAUCAUUUUUCUAGGGAGAUGAAAUGGAAAGUAAGUUAAAGCAGCUUCUGGGGA